CUCAGAACCGGAUCAGAGUCUCUCCUCAGGACCCGAACCGACCCCGACCCGGACCAGCUCUCAGCUGACAGAUUCGCCUCGUGAACCAUGGGAAAGGAGAAACUCCACAUCAACAUCGUGGUGAUCGGCCACGUCGACUCCGGCAAGUCCACCACCACGGGCCACCUCAUCUACAAGUGCGGCGGCAUCGACAAGAGGACCAUCGAGAAGUUCGAGAAGGAAGCGGCGGAGAUGGGGAAGGGGUCGUUCAAGUACGCCUGGGUGCUGGACAAGCUGAAGGCGGAGAGGGAGCGCGGCAUCACCAUCGACAUCUCCCUGUGGAAGUUUGAAACCAGCAAGUACUACGUGACCAUCAUCGAUGCCCCGGGUCACCGGGACUUCAUCAAGAACAUGAUCACCGGGACGUCCCAGGCAGACUGCGCCGUGCUGAUCGUGGCGGCCGGCGUCGGAGAGUUCGAGGCCGGCAUCUCCAAGAACGGACAGACGCGCGAGCACGCCCUGCUGGCCUACACGCUGGGGGUGAAGCAGCUCAUCGUGGGCAUCAACAAGAUGGACUCCACCGAGCCCAACUACAGCCAGAAGCGCUACGAGGAGAUCGUGAAGGAAGUGAGCACCUACAUCAAGAAGAUCGGCUACAACCCGGACACCGUGCCCUUUGUGCCCAUUUCAGGCUGGAACGGAGACAACAUGCUGGAGCCCAGCCCCAAUAUGACAUGGUUUAAGGGGUGGAAGAUCAAUAGGAAAGAAGGCAAUGCAUCAGGGACCACGCUGCUGGAGGCUCUGGACGCCAUCCAGCCCCCCACCCGCCCAACCGACAAACCUCUACGUCUGCCGCUGCAGGACGUCUACAAGAUAGGAGGUAUCGGCACGGUGCCGGUGGGCCGCGUGGAGACGGGCGUGCUGAAGCCCGGCAUGGUGGUGACCUUUGCCCCCGUCAACGUGACCACGGAGGUGAAGUCCGUGGAGAUGCACCACGAGGCGCUGACCGAGGCCAUGCCCGGCGACAACGUGGGCUUCAACGUCAAGAACGUGUCGGUCAAGGACAUUCGCCGUGGCAACGUGGCCGGCGACAGCAAGAACGACGCGCCGCAGGAAGCUGCCAACUUCACUGCUCAGGUGAUCAUCCUCAAUCACCCGGGUCAGAUCAGCGCCGGCUAUGCUCCUGUGCUGGACUGUCACACCGCUCACAUCGCCUGCAAGUUCGCGGAGCUCAAGGAAAAGAUCGAUCGGCGCUCCGGCAAGAAGCUGGAGGACAACCCCAAGUCCCUCAAGUCCGGAGACGCCGCCAUCGUGGACAUGAUUCCCGGCAAGCCGAUGUGUGUGGAGAGCUUCUCUGAGUACCCUCCACUCGGUCGCUUUGCGGUGCGCGACAUGCGUCAGACUGUGGCCGUCGGCGUGAUUAAGGCCGUGGAGAAGAAGGUUCCCACCACCGGUAAAGUUACCAAGUCCGCCCAGAAGGCCCAGAGGACCAAAUGAAUGUUGUGCUCCUCUGCCGACCCCAAGGUCUCCCAGGGCAGGACAUCCGUCAUCCAACUCCAUCCCACCAUUGGCUGCUUCAACUCAAUAAUCAAAGACUGGUUGAUCAUCACGAUGCACCGCAAAAGCAUUCGAAGGAAAGAAUGACGUUUAGAUCUCCUUGAGGCGGCACUCCCGACUCCAUUUUCAGUGGUUAGAUCACCAUUACGUUACGAUGUUAUAUCAUACUGAUAGUUUUAAAUGUGCACUGUUGAUUUAGUUUGUGUCGAUACUUUUCAGUGAUAUGGAUAUUGAGACGUAU